AUGGGGCCACUCUCCCAACUACGAUAACGACUCAAAGCGGCACGAACGAGCGAGCGAGCGGGGAGGGAGGGAACGAGCGAGCGAGAGAGAGGGAGAGAGAUCUUCUUCUGCAAAUUUUAGGGUUUUGGAUUGGUCAGGAAGAGGAAGAGAAAGAGGAAGAGACGGAGUGUGAGAGAUUUAUUAAGAGAGGAAUUUUGUGUGAGCUUUUAUUGAGUGUGUUAGGGUUUUCGACGAUAUUCAUUUCUUGGCUUAAAUUCUCCGAUUUUCACCAUGGACCGAAAGCUUGUGGUUUUGGGAAUACCGUGGGAGGUGGAUACUGAAGGUUUGAGGAAAUAUAUGAGUAAAUUUGGUGAUUUGGAGGAUUGUAUUGUCAUGAAGGAGCGCUCAACGGGCCGAUCUCGUGGUUUUGGAUAUGUAACAUUUGCAUCCGCUGAUGAUGCUAAGAAUGUGCUAUCAAUUGAGCAUUUUCUUGGUGAGAGAAUGCUGGAAGUUAAAAUAGCUACUCCAAAGGAGGAGAUGAGAGCACCUGCAAAGAAAGUAACCAGGAUAUUUGUAGCCAGGAUUCCACCAUCAGUGGACGAAUCAACGUUUCGGAGCCAUUUCGAGGAGUAUGGUGAGAUAACGGAUUUAUACAUGCCGAAGGAUCAAGCGUCCAAAGCUCACCGUGGAAUUGGUUUUAUCACUUUUGCUAGUGCAGAUUCUGUGGAGAAUCUGAUGACUGAUACUCAUGAACUGGGAGGUUCUACGGUAGUAGUUGAUCGAGCAACACCGAAGGAAGAUGACUUUAAACCAAUAGGCAGAAUGUCACAAGGUGGAUAUGGUGCAUACAAUGCAUACAUUUCUGCUGCAACUAGAUAUGCUGCACUUGGUGCUCCUACCUUGUAUGACCAUCCUGGCCCUGUGUAUGGAAGAGGAGAAUCUACUCGAGGGAUGGGCAAAAAGAUAUUUGUUGGCAGGCUCCCUCAGGAGGCUAAUGCUGAAGAUCUUCGCCAGUAUUUUGGUAGAUUUGGGCGUAUACUAGAUGUUUAUGUUCCUAAGGACCCCAAGAGAUCUGGCCACAGAGGUUUUGGUUUUGUCACUUUUGCUGAAGAUGGAGUUGCAGACCGAGUAUCUCGUAGGUCUCAUGAGAUUUGUGGACAACAGGUGGCAAUAGAUUCUGCAACACCUGUUGAUGAUGCUGGCCCUAGUUUCAUGAUGAAUCCUGCUGGACCGUAUAGAGGUUUUGGUGGUCCAAUGCGCCCUUUUGGUAGGAUGUAUGGAGGCCUGCAUUUUGAUGAUCAGUGGGGUUAUGCAAUUGGGAGUGCAAGGCCAUCGAGAGCAGAGUGGAGGUAUAGGCCAUACUAAGAAGUGGCCAUGGUAUUGCUGUGGAGAUCGUUCUGGAAGGCAAAUGUUGAACUUGUUAAAUGAUCUAGAUGAUUGCCUAAUGUCAUUGUGACUAUCUUCUAUUUAUAAAUCAUGUUAUAUGGAGCCAUACUUUUCAGAUUGUGCAGAAAUUAUUCCAGUUGGAAAUCUCUAAUUAAUGCAUUUACUUCUAGUCUUGAUGCAAA